UGACCUUGGCUGAUUUCAUCUCUGUAAAGCCACUUCUCAGAAGCACAGAGCUUUAGCUCUGCCAAAAUGAAACGCCCCUUCCAUCUUCUCAUUUCUCUCAUUGUAACAUCUGUGUGUGGUGGCAGCCAAGGUCUGGUGGAUCAGAUUGAGAAAGGAGGGGAUGUUUUGAAGUCUGUGGAUCCCCAGUGGGAGCAGUUAAAUAAUAAAAACCUGAGCAUGCCCCUUCUCCCUGCGGACUUCCACAAAGAAAACACGGUCACCAACGACUGGAUUCUGGAAGGGGAGGAGGAUGACGACUAUCUGGACCUGGAGAAGAUCUUGAGUGAAGAUGACGACUACAUUGACAUCAUUGAUGCAGUUUCCCCAACAGACUCAGAAGCGAGUACCGGGAACAUCCUCCAGCUUUUCCAAGGCAAGAGCCGGAUCCAGCGUCUUAACAUCCUCAAUGCAAAGUUUGCCUUCAACCUUUACCGAGCACUGAAGGACCAGGCCAACACUUCUGAUAACAUCUUCAUAGCACCUGUUGGCAUUUCUACUGCGAUGGGGAUGAUUUCCUUAGGCCUGAAGGGAGAGACCUAUGAACAAGUGCACUCGAUUUUGCAUUUUAAAGACUUUGUUAAUGCUAGCAGCAAGUAUGAGAUCAUGACCAUUCAUAACCUCUUCCGUAAGCUGACUCAUCGCCUCUUCAGGAGGAAUUUUGGAUACACACUGCGGUCAGUCAAUGACCUUUACAUCCAGAAGCUGUUUCCAAUCCUGGAUGACUUCAAAACUAAAGUAAGACAGUAUUACUUUGCUGAGGCCCAGACAGCUGACUUCUCAGACCCUGCUUUCAUAUCAAAAACCAACAACCACAUUCUGAAGGUCACCAAGGGCCUCAUAAAAGAGGCUCUGCAGAAUAUAGACCCUGCUACUCAGAUGAUGAUUCUAAACUGCAUCUAUUUCAAAGGAUCCUGGGUGAAUAAAUUCCCAGUGGAAAUGACACACAACCAUAACUUCCGGCUGAACGAACGAGAGGUGGUCAAGGUUUCCAUGAUGCAGACCAAGGGGAACUUUCUCGCAGCGAAUGACCAGGAACUCGACUGUGACGUCCUCCGGCUAGAGUAUGUGGGGGGCAUCAGCAUGUUAAUUGUGGUCCCGCACAAGCUGUCUGGGAUGAAGACCCUGGAAGCACAGCUGACCCCUCAGGUGGUGGAGAGAUGGCAAAAAAGCAUGACAAACAGAACACGAGAGGUGCUUCUGCCCAAAUUCAAGCUGGAGAAGAACUACAAUCUGGUGGAGGCCCUGAAGUCGAUGGGGAUCACAAUGCUGUUUGACAAAAAUGGCAACAUGGCAGGAAUCUCGGACCAAAAGAUCACCAUCGACCUGUUCAAGCACCAAGGCACCAUCACAGUGAAUGAAGAGGGCACCCAGGCUGCUGCCGUGACCACGGUCGGGUUCAUGCCGCUGUCCACCCAAGUCCGCUUCACCGUCGACCGUCCCUUUCUGUUCCUGGUCUACGAGCACCGCACCAGCUGCCUGCUCUUCAUGGGGAGGGUGGCCAACCCCCUCAGUUCUUAAAGAUAGAGGUCUGGGCAUCUGAUGUGCUUUGGGGCCACACUAUAAUUCUGUUUUCAUUCCAACAAUGAGAAUAGAGAUGUUUUGGUAUCAUUA